GACGUCAACAUGAUGUGUUGCUCAGCCUCGCUGUGGACCAGCGUUAACAGGGUUGGGUCUACAAUCUCUCCGAGCUGCUCGUCUUAUAGUCUUUUUUUUGCAAUAUACUACUGGAUGACUGUAUGACCUUCAUCCUUUCUGUGUAUCAUGUGAACUAAACACGGUUGUCCCCGCUAAACUGUAGGGACGCAGGGAGCUGACGCAUUGUUUCGUCACACACACACACACACACGCACGGGCACAUACAAGCUGCGGAUGACCGGACAGCUUGCUAUAGGACGUAGCAUAGCAAAACGCACCGAAAACAGCAACAGAGGAGGUUUUCCUGAGACAUUUUCUCUAAAGCUGCUCGUCUGAGCUGACGGCAAAGCAGGCAUGGACGACAAGUCAUUCACCAAGGAGCUGGACGGAUGGAUCGAGCAGCUGAAUGAGUGCAAACAGCUGAGUGAGAAUCAGGUCAAAGUCCUGUGUGAAAAGGCCAAGGAGAUCCUUACUAAGGAGUCCAACGUGCAGGAGGUGAGAUGUCCAGUGACAGUCUGCGGAGAUGUCCAUGGUCAGUUUCAUGACCUGAUGGAGCUGUUUAAGAUCGGAGGGAAGUCUCCAGACACCAACUAUCUCUUCAUGGGAGACUAUGUUGACAGAGGUUACUAUUCUGUGGAGACAGUCACCCUCCUGGUUUCUCUUAAGGUAAGGUUCCGUGAGCGAAUCACAAUUCUCCGAGGGAACCACGAGAGCAGACAGAUCACACAGGUGUACGGCUUCUACGACGAGUGCUUAAGGAAAUAUGGAAAUGCCAAUGUUUGGAAGUACUUCACAGAUCUGUUUGACUAUCUGCCCCUCACUGCGCUGGUAGAUAACCAGAUUUUCUGCCUCCAUGGAGGAUUGUCCCCUUCAAUAGACACACUGGAACACAUCAGAGCGCUGGAUCGCUUGCAGGAGGUUCCUCAUGAGGGUCCAAUGUGUGACUUGUUAUGGUCCGACCCAGAUGACCGUGGUGGCUGGGGCAUCUCGCCCCGCGGUGCCGGUUAUACCUUCGGGCAGGACAUUUCGGAGACCUUCAACCACGCAAACGGCCUAACUUUGGUUUCAAGAGCCCACCAGCUGGUGAUGGAGGGUUAUAAUUGGUGCCACGACCGCAAUGUAGUGACGAUCUUCAGUGCACCAAACUAUUGUUAUCGUUGUGGAAACCAGGCAGCAAUCAUGGAACUUGAUGACACAUUGAAAUACUCCUUCCUACAGUUCGACCCUGCACCACGCAGAGGGGAGCCCCACGUGACGCGGCGUACGCCAGACUAUUUCCUGUAAAGGUCACCUGGCGAGGAUGGCAAGAGGCUACACAGAGAAGAAGAUGAAGCAUUCAUAACCCCAUGGACCAAAAAAAAAUGUGUGCCAUAAUCACAAUGAAAUGGAAACUAUCACAUCUAGCUAAAUACCACCAUCCUUUCAACUUUUUUCCUCUCUGUGCAUGAUGUUUUUAUUGCUAGAAAUGAUUGCUACUAUGACCAAUACCGUCACAACACCUGCUGGUUUGUCAGGAAACAUGAAUGAACUAAUGCUGAGAAUAACAACUAAAUGUAAGUAAUCUUUGUGUGUUUAAUGAUGACCAGAGUGUUUCCAUAUACAGUAUGUAAGCUACAUCUGUCACUUGGCAUGGCCUCAAAACAAAAGACUGCAGUAAAUAUAACGUGAACUCUUUUUUUUUUUCUUUUUGUAACCGAAAGCGCAACAGUUUAUUUUGUGAAGUGAGAUGAUAGGGUUAGACGUCGGAAACGAGUGUGUUCUCUUUGCACUUUUGUAUUUGAUUUUUAUCACAUGGCACUGACAGACUAUGUUCUUUUUUAUACCCUGUUAUAGUGUUAAGUAGCUCUCUUUCUGCUCUGCUGUCUCUUAUGGGAGUUAAUGUAAUUCAUUUAAGUAUAGGCAAUAUUGGUACCAAUGACAUCAGUUGUAAAAAAAAAAAAUAACUUAAUGUUUUGCAGCCACAGCUAUACGAAAUAAAGACUGAAGUUGCUUCGUCAUUUACUUUA